UCUUGACUUGAGACACCGGCACACACGGCAGCGGCGGUCGUGGCGGUAGUGGCGGUAGCGGCGGCAGAGGCGGUAACGAGACGGGCACUGGGGUGGUGGAAAGGCUGAAUAGAAACAACCAACCAUGUCAGAGGCCAUGGAUACGAGUGGUGAAGCCGUGGUGAAGCGUGAAGUCACCGAUGACGCCGACGUGGCUGACCAGCCAACAAACACAGCAAACCUCAUGAAGGGGGACGGGGACGUGAUUGAGGACGACGACGAUGAUCCCGUUAUCGCUGAGCUCAACGUUUUUGUUUCAACGGCCCUGCAAGAACAACUCUACCUGUAUCAAUAUCCCAUGCGCUCAGCGCUGCGCCCCUUUGUCAGCGGCGAUGGCAAUUUGGAAUCCCGGUUCCGACCCAAGGCCCAGGCUGUUGAGCUGAAGGUUCCCAUUGAACCCGACAAUAACCCACACUACGACUUUCCAAAGGGCGAAGAGCUGGCGGACUUGGCCAAUGAACCCUACCCGCAAGCCAAGUCCGACCCUGAGGGCUCAAACGACGAAGGCAACACCAAGACCUUUCCCAGUGGACUCAUGGACCAUUUACUGAUGACCUCCACUUGCACACCCCAAGCCUCGCCGUACGCAGCUGCUCUUAUUCACCGUGGUGAGGUGCACGUGGCCCCUCUGCGAAACGUCUUCCAAUUACGCCCCAACCUUCAUCAUUUGGACGAGGCCGAGGCUCGUCAAAAGGCCGCCAAGGCGGCUGGCAACGAAGAGGAAGCGGCAGAUGGCCCAGCUGAAAGCGAUUCUCGUGUUCGAGUCAAAGUCAAGCGCGUGGAGACGGCUCGCGCAGCUGCCGCUCGCAAAAAGUCCUAUGCCCACAUGCGCCAACAGAUCGACGAAGAAACUUGGGUGCCAUUGCAGUAUCGCCACAGCUCGACACGUGUGGCCAUGGAGCAACGGGAGCUUUUGCGUAGCACUGCAGCCAUGCCCAUUCCCUUGGAGAUGACACCCGAGGAAUAUGUGAAUCGCCUCAACGCUCAAGCAUCCGACAGUCGGCAACAAACAACCCGAAAGACCCCCUCAAUCAAGGAGAGCACACGCCUGAUGACACUGGCGGACAUGAAGAAGCUACCUCUGAAGGACAUGCUGCGCCACUUUUUGCGACAGGCCGAGGCUCUCCGCUACUCGGACAUUUGCAAGCAUGUGGCUCCUGGCGAGCAUUACCAACUCAAGCGUCUGUUGCCAUCCAUGGCGCUUUUGAUCAAUGGUGUCUGGGUGGCACGUAGCCCCCUUGUGCACCCUGAUGCGUGCAAUAGUUUUUACACGGGUGCGCCCGCUGAGCGGAUGCAGGCUGCGCGAGACUAUGCUUUGUGGCGCUUUGCGUAUGGCAAAGUUGUGACCAAGGCCCAAGUCAUGAAGUACGGCAAGUUGCGUGAACCCGAUGCUGGCCAGGUACUCGAGAAUCUUACCAAGCAAGACUCGUCCCGACUGCACCACCUCAAGAUUCCAGAAGAUGCAAGCUUUCAAAGCAGCCAUCCCGACCUGGUGAAGAAGAUGCAACCCAUCUUCAUCGAGUUUCAGCGAGACCUGUAUGAGCGGCUGGACAUUGAUGAAGAGCACCGCAAGGAAACCGCGCAGCGAUAGACUGAACACAACAUCGCGUGACCACAAUCUGCGGGGUGUAAUGCAGCAUCGUCCGACUGAAUGCAACACUGUCCAAUUUAUGCCAAAGCCUGG